AUGACUUUGGCUUCAGCAGUGACAUUAUAUCAUGUCUUAGCUGAACUCUCUAAAUUAUAUCCAAGGAAUAAAGUUUACUACACGGCUCGCACAAAGGAAGCUUCCUUAAAAUCUAAAUAUAACUUCACAGAGAAUAGCAUACCAUUAUUCACCUCUCAGGACCCCUUCGAUCACAUAGUCUCAGAAAUACAAGCCUCUCACACUAACCAUGAACUCACCACCAUCACUACUGACCAAUUGACCAUAUUGAAAAGUUUACCCCACCUAUACAACUUAAGAGACUCCUCCACCGUGAUCAAUAUCGAUUUGGAUCUGAACGAUUAUUCAAUCAUCCCGGCUUUAAAGGAUCUUGACUUCCCAACUUUUAUAUCAAACGAUUUGGAAUCACUAUGUACUAAUGGAAAACUGGUCUAUACUCUGGCUCUCUCUAAUAACCAGCCCGUCUUCCAUUUCAUUAAUUUCGAUUCUAUAGGAGAAAAUACAAUUUACAACAAAGAAUUGGCUUUACCAAAAUUCGAUCUUCAGAAUGAUCAACCUAUUCCAAAUUACCAAUUAGAUGAUACUCUACUUUCUAGUUUGCCUUCUUCCAUCACCAAGAUCGCUAUUGUUGAAGGCUCUUCCAAGAAUCACCCAACUCAAGGUACUGGGUUUAAUUCACUUUUAUUGGACUUCUUUGAUAAUUUUACUUUUUUGGCAGAAAGAAAAAUUGACCAAAUUGUACUAUCUAAUGUAGGCACAUUGACUGAUAUUGAGUCCGCUUUAACAACUAUCGUCAAUAACGUUCAAUCUUCGGCUCCAAACCACUCCUUGUAUCUUGGUGAGGAUUUAUCUACAAAUCAAGAUAUUAAUGAAUACACCCAAGCCAUCAGAAACGUCGUUAAUUUGGAGACAGCCUACACUAAAGUCUUAAAACAAUUGUUCGACAACAACCUAAAUAUCAUCAAUGAAUACGGUAACGACACAAUCAAUAUUAAGACUCCAGAAUACGGGUUCGGUGGAUUUUUGAAAAACGAUCAUGAUCGUGACAUUUUACUUUCUAAAGUUAAGCAAUCACUAGAUCCAACCUUGUUCUCCACUAUCCCAGACCCUAAUGAGUUUGUUAAGCUUCUAUCUAAAUGGGUUUCCUUUAAUGAAUUAGGUUUAAAUGAAUCCCAACUCAAUGAAGCAAAUGAUUUAGCUAAUCAAGUAUUCACCAUUUUACAAGAUAAUCAAGAUUGUAACGCUGUGUUGCAGAUCCUGGAGUUGGCUCCAACUUUGGAACAUUUCCAAUUCAAAUCAAACUGGUUAGUUGGGUCUGAUGCUUGGUCCUACGAUUUAGGUUACUCUGGUGUUCAUCAUGUCCUUGCCUCAAAGAAAAACAUAAAUAUGUUAAUUAUCGAUUCAGAACCCUACAGUGAAAUAAAAAAUCGCUCAACAAACAAUCACAAGAAGAAUGUUGGGUUAUAUGCUAUGAAUUUCCAUGACGUUUAUGUUGCCUCUGUCGCUGCUUAUUCAUCAUACACUCAAUUAUUAACUGCUUUUAUCGAGGCAUCUAGUUUCCAUGGUCCAUCUAUCGUCUUAGCUUAUUUACCAUAUAACUCUGAAAGAGAUACACCAUUAGAAGUAUUAAAGGAGACUAAAAAUGCUGUUGAGUCUGGGUAUUGGCCAUUAUAUAGAUACGAUCCAAGAAAGGAAGACGAUUCCACUGGUCAGUUGGCAUUUACAUUAGAUUCCUCGAUCAUUAGAAAAGAAUUAGAAGAUUUCUUGGAUCGUGAAAAUAAAUUGACUCUAUUGACGAGAAAUUGUCCAGAAUUGGCUAGAAACCUGCAAUUAUCUGCCACCGAUUCCAUUACAAGGAAACAAGAAAAUAGAGCCAAAGCUGCUUACGAUGAAUUGCUUGAAGGUUUAUCUGGCCCACCAUUACAUAUAUAUUAUGCUUCUGAUGGUGGUAAUGCUGCAACCAUUGCUACUAGGUUAUCUAAACGUGCAAUCUCAGUAGGUCUGAAGGCUACUGUAUUAUCUAUGGAUAACAUCAUCUUAGAAGAUUUAGCUGGUGAAGAAAAUGUUGUACUUGUUACAUCUACUGCUGGCCAAGGUGAAUUUCCCCAAGAUGGUAAGACUUUUUGGGAAGAAUUAAAGGCAGCUACUGAUUUAGAUUUAUCCACACUAAACUUUGCUGUCUUCGGGUUGGGUGAUUCUCAAUAUUGGCCAAGAAAGGAAGAUGCACGUUACUAUAACAAACCGGCUAAGGAUCUUUUUACCCGCUUGGAAUUACUAGCUGCCAAUGCCUUGACUCCAUUGGGUUUAGGUGAUGAUCAAGAUGCUGAUGGUUUCCAAACCGGUUAUAAUGAAUGGGAGCCUAAAUUAUGGGAGGCUUUGGGUGUCUCUGCUGAAAGUAUUGAAGAAGAAAAACCAUGGACUAACGAAGAUAUUAAGAGCAACUCCAACUUUUUAAGAGGUACUAUUGCAGAGAGUCUUGCUGAUGAAAGUACCUUGAAUAUCCAUCCAUAUGAUUCUCAACUGACUAAAUUUCAUGGUUGUUACAUUCAAGAUGAUCGUGAUCUUAGAGAAAUUCGUAAACUACAAGGUAUUGAGCCUUUAUACGCUUUUAUGUGUAGAAUCAGAUUGCCAGGUGGCGUUGCGUCUCCUGAUCAAUGGUUGAUUAUGGAUCAAUUAUCUGAUGAAACAGGUAAUGGCACUAUGAAAAUUACUACUAGAGCUACUCUGCAAUUGCAUGGUAUUUUAAAGAAGAAUAUCAAGCAUGCUAUCAGAGCCAUGAAUUCUAGGUUACUAGAUACUUUAGCUGCUUGUGGUGAUGUGAACAGAAAUGUUAUGGUCACUGCUCUUCCUGCUAAUGCCAAGGUUCAUAAGCAAGUUUCUAAGAUGGGUUAUGACAUUUCAGAAUAUUUCUUACCAAAUACUACAGCCUACUAUGAUUUAUGGUUGCAUGGUCCAGAUGAAAGAGAUGAAGAUCCAAAUUGGGAAACUUUGUUCCAAAGCAGAAAAUCUGGUCCAAAUCGUAAGAAGACUAAAUUAUCUGACAAUUCAUUAGUUGACAUUGAACCGUUGUACAGCCCAGUUUAUCUUCCAAGAAAGUUUAAGGUCAAUAUUACAGUUCCUCCCUAUAAUGAUGUUGAUGUUUGGUCUUCUGAUGUCGGUUUGAUUGCUAUUGUUGAUCCAAAGACUGAUGAUGUUGUUGGUUAUAACAUGUAUGCUGGUGGUGGUAUGGGUACAACUCACAACAAUAAAAAGACUUACCCAAGACGUGGUUCUUUAUUAGGUUUUGUUAAAUCAGAAGAUGUUAUUUCAGCUAUUAGAAGUGUAUUUAUUGUUCAAAGAGAUAACGGUUCCCGUACUGAUCGUAAACAUGCCCGUUUGAAGUACACUAUUGAUGAUAUGGGUGUUGAAGUAUUUAAAGAAAAGGUGGAAGAAAUCUUUGGUAAGAAGUUUGGUCCAGAGAAACCAUUCGAAAUCAAAUCUAAUUGUGAUUAUUUUGGUUGGGUAAAGGAUGAGACUGGUAUGAACCAUUUCACUGCCUUUGUUGAAAAUGGUAGGAUUGUGGAUACACCAGAUAAACCACAAAAGACUGGUUUUAGAACAGUUGCUGAAUAUUUGAAGAAGACAGGUUCUGGUGACUUUAGACUGACUGGUAACCAACACAUUUUGAUAUGUAACAUAACUGAUGAACAUUUAGAUAAAGUUAAGAAAAUUAUGCAUAAGUAUGGUAUUGAUAAUACUGACCUAUCUGGUAUUAGACAAACAUCUACAUCUUGUGUUGGUUUACCAACUUGUGGUUUAGCUAUGACGGAAUCAGAACGUUAUUUACCAGUAUUAAUCACUCAAUUAGAAGAUAUCUUAGAAGAAUAUGGGUUACGUCAUGACUCUAUUGUUACAAGAAUGACUGGUUGUCCAAAUGGUUGUUCUAGACCAUGGUUAGCAGAAUUGGCUUUUAUUGGUAAAGCACCAAACACAUACAAUAUCAUGCUUGGCGGCGGUUACUACGGUGAAAGAUUAAAUAAACUAUACAGGGCUUCUGUUAAGGAUGAGGAUAUUGUUGAUAUUGUGAGACCAUUAUUUAAGAGAUGGGCUCUUGAAAGGAAUGAAGGUGAACAUUUUGGUGAUUUCUGUAUUAGAGCAGGUAUUAUCAAACCAACUUUAGAAGGUAAAUAUUUCCAUGAUGAUAUUUCCGAAGAAGCCUAUUAA